ACCGCUGCCGCGCGGGCGCAGCAGCGCAAGCGCCGCCACCCAACGCGCCCCUCGCGCGCGCCUCCUCCCUCCCGGAUUCCCCUCCAAGCCCCGAGGCGACGCCACCGCCCCUAAUCCAGCCAUCCCGCUUCCCCGCGCCGCCGGCUCGCUCCCUCAAAUACGCUCCUGCCCGCUCGGACGACAGGGUCUUCCUCUCGCCGGGCCAGGACAGGAUGAUGGGCGGGCCGAGCGCGAGCGGCACCGGCCGGAGGCGGAGGUGGACGCAGCGGUCGUGCCGGGCGGGAGGGGCGGGCGGGGUCGUCAGGAGGACCGUGGCGGCGCCGGAGGAGCGCGUCGCGACCGCGCCAACGCGUCGGAGCACUGCAGGGUUUGCUCAUGUGGACAAGCAGCGGCGUGUCUAUGGACUAUCAUCACAAGAUUCCAGAAGUAGCAGCAGAUCCACGAUAAUACAAGAUAUUCUUCAUUCGGAUUUAUGUGAACAUAAGCAUAAGAGGUCCAGCAGCAAUGCUACAAAAUGUCUUCUUAGUGAACCCUUAAGAAACGAAAUAGAAAUCCACCAUUCUCUGUCUUCCGUGAUGUCAGAGUCAAGGAAUCAUAGUACAGCAACUGAAAAACCUUCCUUUUCAUGGUCAACAGAGAAGCGUGUCCCUAGCAACAAAAAGUUUCUUCCUGCCACCAGUACUGCCUCCGAUUAUGGGUUGCACUACUGUCAUAAACUCCAUCAUGGCAGAGGCAGUAACAAUGCAAAGGAGACUCCAACACCAAAGGAAUCCAGUGACACGUGCAGUUUCAGUUAUCAAUUAGCUAGAGGUGCUGGAAGAUCUGAUUCUAUGAAUAUGGGACCUGCAAGUGGAAGGUGCUCCCUUGCAGAGACAAUGUCAAUGUUACGUCAACGCCAGUUUGGUCGCAGUCACCAGAAUCAAAACUGCAUCAGUGCAUUAAAUCGGAGGCAUAGGAUCACACAAUCUGAAGGAGCAAUCAACAUAGUAAAAAAAGAGGAGACUUAUAAUCAGUCUGAUUUGUCAACAGGAAGACACUGGCAAACUUUGUUGGAUAAUGCAUUAGUUCGAAAAAGAGCACAGCCACCCAAUGAGGAAUCAUCUGAACAACUAUGGAGCUGUGCAAACAGUGAAUCUGAUAAGGCGAUAUGCUGCUUCUCGUCGGGUGGGAGCAUUGAUGGCUUGCAAGUAUCUUUUUCAAGUGACACUAGUGACACAAGUGAUAACUCCAAUUUAUCCUCUCUGGGUGCAACGCCAAAUGAUCAAUGGAGGAUGUCCUUCAAGAAGGUACACUGUCCACUUGCUGCACGUAUAAACUAUAUACCCCAAGCUUCCUGCAAAGAGAUUGAUCAGACGAGCCCAGUAUCCGUUCUUGAAUAUCCAGCUGAAGAUUUUUCCGAUGCUGGAAACAUUAAGAAAGAUACAAAAGGUCCUCAUGCUCCCCUGCCAAGGCCUGAGCUCGUUAACUUUCCAUCGGCAGAUACUGAUCCCGAGGUAGCGGUGGAUGCUGCAGUUGAUAAUUACUUGUGCUCUGAGAUGGAGGCUACUGAAACUGAUGAAACCAUACAGCUGGUUGAAGGCACCCCUUGUGAAUUUGAAGACGAAGAAGAAAGAGAGUUUUGCUACUUGCUGGAUAUUCUAAUUGCCUCUGGUAUUCAUGGCAUUGUGGAGGAUCUGCUGUACAAGGUGUGCCAGUCCCUGGACUGCCCUGCAGGCUACGACGUGUUUGACAAGCUUGAAAAGAAGUACCAAAACGUGGCUCAAUGGUCAAGGGCAGACAGGAAGCUCACCUUCGACAUGGUAAACUCCAUACUGUCGGAAGUUCUUGCCCCAUGUUUGGACAUGCACCCUUGGGCAACUACCGCUACGAAUAUGGCGCCAGCGUGGGGCUCAGAGGGCCUCUUGGAGAAAUUGUUGCAGGUGUUGACUCGUAGGCGAGAAGAGCUUGUGCCAAACGUGCAUAAGAAGGAGAAACGAGUAUUUGAUCAAAAAUGGCCGGAUGUAGCAGAUUACAUCGACAGGGCAGGUAGGGAUGUUGAGAGGAUGAUAAAGGAUGAUCUUCUGGAAGAGCUGGUUCUGGAGUUGAUGUCCAACUAGUUGCAAAGCUACUGCUGAAGUUGCUGUCAGCUUUCUUAGGCCCAAGGAGGUUACAAAGUUGCUGUAGGUCACUACUUUUUGUGUUAGGUCUGUUAGGUUGAUAAAUUGGUUGUAUUUGUUUCUUUGGCCCUUAUGGUCAAAGUUCCCACCUUUAGUUUUUGGUUAAACAAGUGGUUGACACUAUAUUUUUUUGGGUUGAGUCACCGUGCUUGUUGUAGCAUAUUAUUUGAGAAGAUGUUUGCUGUAGGAUAGGCUAUGGACAAGAAGUGGUGCAUUCUGUUAGGUUAGGUGAGGGAGGCACAUGGACAUGGUUGAAAUUCAUUCUUGGCACCAAAGGGGAGCAAAAUGUGUGCGAGUUGUUACCCCUUUGCUGUAUUUUGUCAGUUGUUACAGUUCUGUAAAUCAAGUCGGUCAGUUAUAGUCAUCAACAUUUAUAUUGUUA